CUCACCACUAGGGGGCAGUGGAAUGCAGUGUUGAACAAAAGCACCUGAAAUGAAACAGUUGCUCCGGGAUGUAACGACAAAAGAAGAGCUCCUAAACAUUUGUGACCGUAUUGGAAUUAAACCAAAUAACAAAGUUCCUUCAACGUUUCUCAACUGUUCUGACAUCCUGUGACAACUUGUGGAAAUUAAAAAAUGACUGAACAUCAGUCAACUGGAAAAUUGCUGAAACGUUACCUGGAUGAACUGAGUGACAAAACGUUGAGGGAAUUUAAGUGGUACUUGAGCCAGAACCAGAGAGAGGGAUACAGACCCAUCCUGAUAGCCCAGCUGGAGAACGCUAGCCGAGAGGAUAUUGUGGAUAAACUGGUGCAGGUUUACAGGGAAGAUGGCGCUGUGGUGACAACUGUGGACAUUCUCUACAGGAUGAAUCAUAAUGACCUUGCAAUAAAGUUAAUUCAAGAAAAAAUAAAUUGUGGUGAGGGACGGCAUGUAGAUGAGCCGGUGUCCUCCGCUGCCAAAAAGAGAACGAGAGCCCCGGCUGUUCCCAAGGAUCUUGCUUGUUCGAUUUGCUUGCAUAUUUUCACUGAGGCUGUGGUGUUGCAGUGUGGCCACAGCUUCUGUAGGGGCUGCCUCCACAAAGCCUGGGAGGGGAAAAUCUCCCGGCAAUGCCCACUUUGUAAGAAAGCUGUACCUGACACUGAACCUCCGAUUAACUUCAGUCUGAAAAGUCUGAGUGAAAACUACAGAGAGAGUAUUGAGGUUCCUUACAAGAACAUCCAAAAAAAGCGGAAAGCUUUUAAAAAUGUCAAACACUUUUGUGAUUCAUCAGUUGAGCACAUUAAGAGGCAGAGCCGCGACACAGAGAGGAAGAUUAAGGAAGAGUUUGAGAAGCUUCGUCUCUUCCUCAAGGCCGAGGAAGCAGCCAGUCUGGCGGCAUUAAGAGAUGAAGAGGCUCGGAAGACUCGCAUGAUGGAGUUGAUCGCAGACAUGAGCAGAGACACACUCUCGCUCUCUGACACUGUGAAAAACAUAGAAGAUUUAGGGCUUGAUAACUUAUUUUUAAAGGACUUCAAGACUUCAUUGAAAGGCCCUCAGAAAGCACUGUCAGACCCAAGGAAACUUCCACAACCACAGAUAAACGUCUCCAAACAUGUGGAAAACCUUCAGUUCAGAAUCUGGGAGAAAAUGUUGAGCAUUGUAAAACACACCCAUGUGGUCCUGGACCCCACCACUGCAUCUCCAGGGCUCUCUCUGUCUGAUGAUCUGACCAAGGUGACAGUCACAGACUCCUGGCAGCAGCAUUCUGGAAGGCCAGAGCGCAACACUUCCCUUCAGCAGGUCUUGGGUUGCGAGGGCUAUGACUCUGGAAAACACAGCUGGGAAGUGGUGGCAAGAAGUCACACCAGAUGGAUACUUGGUGUCGCAGAAGAGGCCACAGAAAGGAAAGAAGAACUGUGGUCGGCUCCACAAAAUGGACUCUACACUAUUAUGAAAGGAAAGAGAGGUUAUAGAGACAACAAGGGGAAGACUUUAAGCGUACUGGAAAGUCCCAACAGGAUCAGGAUAGAGCUAGACUACGAAAAAGGGACAGUGUCAUUUCAUGAUGCUGAUACGAAUGCACUCAUUCUGACCUAUGAGGAGAUAUUUACCAAGAAGCUGUACCCAUAUUUUGCUUUUGUUAAAAAAAAUGACGGGGGAGGCUUUAUACAGAUCUGCGAGUCGAAGGUUUCUGUCUCUAAGUGACAUAGCUGCAGAAAAUGGCUGCUUCAGAUUCAGUAACAUGUAUCACUAACAUAUGUUGCCUUCCAUUUUUGCUGAAAAAAUAGUUUUGUUAUCAUUCUGUUCAUGUGGUGUUUGUUGUUUUAGUCACUCUAGUGUUGUAGCGCUGUCUGUCUGUCUGUCUGUCCACGAAUUGGUCCAGACUAAAAUACUUUAACAACAGAUCAAGAAGAAAUUGUGUAUGGACAUUUAUUUUUAUAAUUUUAACUGUCCUGUACUUUUUACUUUUCUGACCAAACACUGGCAAAAAUCAUGACAAUCUCAUGAUCCUCAGCUGUAGUUUCUGCUUAACACUAGUUAGCUAAUGUUAUGUAUAUUAUGUAAUGUAUGCUAACAUGGUAAAUUAAGAUAGUGAAUAUCAUAAAAAUAUAUCUGUAUUUUAUCCAGCAUGUUAUCAUUGUCAUUGUGAGUAUAUUAGCAUACAUUUACUUCAAAGCACUGCUGUGCCUGAAUGCAGCUCCUUGUUUCUUCAUAAACUAGUAAAGUAAAUAGUAAGUAGUAAAUAUUUUGAAUUCGGAGACUCAUGGUUUUAAACAUUUUUUCAUGGUUUAAAUGUGAUGUUUUUAAAUAUUUACAUGGUAUGAAUAUUGAAAAAUGUUUUUUUUUUAUUUUUACACAAGAUUGAUACAUGAUUUAACAUUAAAGCUCAUCAAACAUG